AGCUCUCUUCCAUGGAUUCUUGCCUCCAACUACUGGGGGUGGGAGAAGACUUUACCGGUCUAUCUGUGUUUACACGUAUUAUCAAGCCAACACGCCGUACAUUACUACACUCCACAAUUUAUGACAAACCUCGGGGCAGCAAAAGCUCUACUACCGUGCCUGAUAAUGGCCUACAGUAUCCCAAGUAUUCUUACUGCCCUGGAAAGCACCGACAAGAGCCUGUUCGACUGGUGGCCCGUCGCCCACUGUACCUUUCCGGUAUUGGUAUACGUGAGCAGCAAAUUUCCCCGGGGAAUGAAGGCCAUCCCGCAAGGCGUGGAAGUUGUCUUCAGCAGCGUCGACCUUCCCUACCAGCGACGGCUCUUUACCGCCAUUGCCGUCGUUUCCAGCGCUGUGCACGUCACCCUGAUUUGGAGCCACGGCGCCGCUCUCCUUAACGAAGGCGUCGUUAGCCUGCUUUCGUUACCACUUGCGAGGACGCUUGCGUCUUUGACUGCCCUUACUGUUGCGUGGGGCAUGUACAUGUCAUGGGAGCUGCGGCGGAUAUUCGCUACGGAGGUCACUCUGGUCAAGGCCUGGGCAGUCAUACUCGUGAGCACAGUGCUUCUCGGGCCCGUAGCAUCGCUGGCGGGUACCACCUGUUGGUCUAAGGUUGUGUUGGAAAAGGCGACAUCGGUUCAGCCAUUGAUACAGCAAACUAAAGAGAAGUCUUACGCCUGAGACCCUAAAAUCUCAAGUGAUGUGAUCCGUUCCAAUUUGGUUCACAUAUGCAACGCAAUCUUCGAAACGGGAUCAUAGCUAGGAGAACACA